GACAGCAGCGCUCCCACCGCACUCAGCUCCGCACCGCGCUCCGCUCCGGACAGCAGCGCUCCGCUCCGCACUGUUCCCCGCGGUACCGCACAGCCCCGCGGGGCCCGCUCCUGCCCGGCCGCCGCUGCCCGCCGGAGCCUCGGCGCCCGGCACGGCCGAGGCAGCGAGCCCCGCUCCGCCGGCCCCGGCCCCCGCGGCGGGCKCUCCCGCGGGCGGCAGGAUGGCCGCGAAGCCGGCCGAGCUGAUGGGCAUCUGCUCCAGCUACCAGGCGGUGAUGCCGCACUUCGUCUGCGUGGCCGAGGAGUUCCCGCCGCCCGCCCGCCCCGCCAAGACCCCCAAGGGCAAGCUGCGGCGGCCGCGGCAAUCGCGCUUCAAGACGCAGCCGGUGACUUUCGACGAGAUCCAGGAGGUGGAGGAGGAGGGGGUGUCCCCCAUGGAGGAGGAGAAGGCCAAGAAGUCUUUCCUGCAGUCGCUGGAGUGUCUGCGGCGGAGCACCCAAAACCUCUGCCUCCAGCGGGACCGGCUGGGCAGCUGCCGCCUCCGCAACAGCCUCGACUCCAGCGACUCGGACUCGGCUCUCUGAGGGCGGUGGGGCUCGGCGGGACUCUGCCCGGCUCGGCGGGACCCUGCCCGGCGCGGCGGGACUCUGCCCGGCUCGGUGGGACCCCACCCGGCUCGGUGGGACCCUGCUCGGCGAGACCCGGCUCGGCGGCACGGACUGGGCUGAGGGAGCCGCGCCACGGCCGGCACAGGAGCGCUCGGACGGGCAGCCGGGUCGGGAUGUUUUCUAAGAAAGCGCUUGUACCUUCGUUUCUAUUUGAUUGUAUGAAACUCACCGUCUAAAAGACAAAAAAAAAAAAAAAAAUCUUUUCUAUUCGUUAGAAGAAAUGACCUGUUUUAGAUGCAUUGAGCUGCUGGACUUUAUAUUUAUUUUUGCAUUUAAACUGUUGACUGCAUUAAUUUAAUAUGUUUCUACCUGAAUGUCUGUUAUUAUUUCCAUAAAAGAGUAAUAAAUCUGAUAUAUUUGCACAGUA